AAAUUUGCAAGUAUGUGGGAUGCGGAAAAAAAUUAAACGAGUUUGAAAAAAGCAAAUUUUUUUAACUAAAACAGCAGCAGUUAUCAGUAGCAAGAAUAUUGAAAAUAAUAAAAAAACCAGCUGAUGGUAUGACCGUCGGAUACGACGGGGCAGAAUUAUCUAGAUAGAUUCGUGUAAGCAGAUUUACAGAUCAGAUCAGUGUACAGCACUCCUCUGUGUUACGAAGAUCAACGAUCAUGGAUUCGUAAUGGAUUCAUCAAGUACGGCUCAUCUCCGUCUUACGAGGUUCAAAGGUUGUGAUCUGACCGCCAGUUCCAUAUCCAGUAUUGAGACACAUGAACGGCAGCAGCGUGCCGGAUUCUUAUCGGCUAAAACCUCUACGGGCGGAGGGAGGCCAUAGCCAGUGGCGAGUUCAUCACAAUUCCCGGGGUGUUCAGUGAAAUGGCGGUGGUCUACGUUAUCCCCUUUAACCGAAAUUCCGCAUUAUCGGUGAUUCUUUGAACUUUGCCAUAAUCUUGUCUCCUUUCGAAAUUUUAACAUGAAGACUACAAAGGGGUAAAAUGGUCAGACGUCCGCCUAGUGCCACAUAAGAAUUUGGGAGAAACUGUUGGUCGAUGUUCUGGGUAGUUCAAUUGGGAAAGCAAGCGGGACGAUCCUGGUUCGAUUUAUGAAUGCUAAUCGACUUUUCCGUAUUUUCCGAGUUUUCUAUUAUCCGAGACAACCGACAGUAUUCUCCCUUAAUUUUGUUAAGCUGAACGAGUGUAAAAAAUAUUGCAAAAUGAACGAAGUGAAUUAUUUCACGAAUGUCACUGGUCCCGAGCACUGGAUAAUCUUUAAUUUUGAAACAACUGACUUUAUCUGGAACGUUCUGAUAUGGAUGAGGAAUUAUUGGUGGAAAUGCUUUUACUAUACUGCUAUUUAUUUAGUGGUCAUUUUCGCAGGGAAGCUUUAUAUGUCAAAUAGACCAAAGUUUGAUCUGAGGAAUUCACUCGCAUUAUGGAGCGGAUUGCUUGCGAUAUUCUCCAUUAUAGGAACUAUAAGAACAACGCCAGAAUUUUUUCACAUAUUAUACAAUCAUGGAUUUUACUAUAGUAUUUGUUCGAACAGUUACUAUACUCAUGAUCAUGUGUGUGCUUUCUGGUCAAGCUUGUUCGCCUUAUCAAAGAUCGUAGAACUUGGCGAUACUGUCUUCAUUGUGUUACGAAAGCAACCAUUAAUAUUUCUGCAUUGGUAUCAUCACAUAACGGUUAUCUAUUUCACAUGGUACUCCUAUGCGCUACUCAUGGGAACAUCCAGAUGGUAUAUCGUGAUGAAUUACUUUGUCCAUUCCUGGAUGUAUUCUUACUAUGCUUUUAAAGCAAUGGGAUUCAAACCACCAAGAUUCAUCGCCGUGAUGAUUACUACGAUGCAGCUGAUGCAAAUGGCUGUAGGUUUCUUUGUAACUGGCGCGGCUUACUAUUAUAUAACGAAUGGCGAGAAAGAAUGCCAUGCUACGACUCUCAACGCCGUUAGCGGUUUGCUCAUGUACUUCAGUUACUUCCUACUAUUCGCUAAGUACUUUUACAACACCUAUCUGUCUGGCCAUAGCAGGAGGAAAGUCGAAUAGGAAUACCAUAUCAAUAGAACAAACGACUUUGCAGAAAUGCUAUUUAAAAUCGUGUUACUUAUACUGCAUACAAUAUUUACGUUUGUAUUUAUAGUAGUUUUAUUAUACGAAAUAUUUUGAAAUCUCACUAGUACUGUAACGAGACACGACUAUCGCCAUUACGAUGGUAAAAUUUGAAACGGAUCUGAAAAUGUAGAAACAUUCGAUAACUACACAAAAAGAUCCUUUUGAUCUAAUUGCACAAUCGUUAUCAUCGCUACAGGGCGAAGGUUCGAGAUCAGAUAGUGUAAUUUUUUUUUUUUAUUAUUUAUUGAAAUUUUACAAUUUGUCCAGUGGGACAUUUGGUAAAAUAUUAUAGCUUAAAUAUACAUAGCAUGUGGAUGGUUACCCCCAGCGGGUACCAUCUUCGUGUUUGUUAGGUUAUAUCCUUUGUGAAAGUAGUGUAAUAUGAUCACNGUGUCAGACAUCGCUGAGACAAUGUAUCUAGGUACUAGUUCAAAAGCGAAAGCUUCUUAUUUGCAACUUUUUUAAAGUUUUAAAGUAAACUUUUACCAACGUAUUUGUAAGAUCUUUGUGAUUAAAACGAGAUCAAACACGAUAUAAUUUGAGUUACAUUUACUUAUUGAUAUGUAUUUAAUUAUCGUUUAUCAAGUAAGCAAAUAUGCUCAAAAUUAUAUCGUGUUUGGUCUCGUUUUAAUCAGAAAAAUGUAACGAACAUAUCGGUAAAAGUUUCAUUGAUCAUAAAUUAAAAAUAGGAAAUAUUGAUUUUUGAGAUCCGAGCUUGUUGCGAACCUUAAAUGUUUGUUGACCGCUUUGACACUUGAUUUUUCUUCGUUUCUUACUUGUGUUGUCCUUUUUUAUGUUCGGUAUGUCUAAGAUCUGAGUUUUGAGGAAUAGGAUUUCUGCGUCUUCGUAAUUGCAACACUUAGGUCCUGAUUUUCCUGCAAUUAUCAAACGUUUGCAUAUGUAAAAGUUACAAGAUAUUUAUUGAAAACUUACAUUUCGCAAAAACCACGAAGAUAUUUGACAGUCAAUUAUUCACCAUAUUAAUAAGCUAUAAUAUUCAGUAUAUCCUUAACACUAACUAUACGUUUAAGGCUAUUAUUUAUACUUAUAUUAAUUUCUAUAUGUAUAUGUUACGGGCGAAAUCCGCAAAACACGCGGUUUUGUCGGUACAGUCCAGAAUUAAAUGUCGGCCAUUUAACAGUACAAUGCCUGACGGGCAUCAAUAUAUUCACAAUUAUAGCUCAUGUAACAGCUUAGCACCGGCACAACAACGUUGAGUUAUCGAAAGUAUCGAAAUUUAUUAUUAAAGAAACGGCUAUAAUAGCAUUGUUACUUGAUUAAAAAGAAGACAGUAGAAAGAGAGGAGAAGAUACUGAGUAUAUAGAAGUCUAGCAUUAAGAAAGAGCGAAGAUGUGGCGUGAAGAUGUAUUGAUAUCUGGUCAUCUUGUCCAAAGAAUGCGGUCUUUGUGUAGCGAGCCACGGGACAGGAUCCGUUGGAGUGUCUACUGUCGCGUGCCGCUGCUAUAUUUUUUCAAGGAGAGCUAUACGGUUACUCUAUACCUUUGUUUAGGUAAACGUUUAUCCCUUGACCGCAGCUACGCUCGGCGACUGGCUGUCUCCUCGAGCCCGAGCUCACUAUCACAGGUCUCGAAUAAAUACAAUCGGAUUGAAUGACAAUUGUUUAAUUACGGUUAUGGUAGAAUAUAGAUUACGAUAUUAUGGGAUUUUCCCACAGUUCCAAAGGAGAGGCUCCAGUGUCCUUCUAUCUCCAACAUAUAUACAUAUAGUACAUGAAAUUCAUAUAUUCGUAAUAUAUAUAUAUAUAUAUAUAUAUAUAUAUAUAUAUAUAUAUAUAUAUGUCAACGACCCAAUUUUAGAUAUUAUUUAAAAAAAUACAAAAUGUUAUACAAAAACGAAAUCCAAAUUUUAGGCAAGCAAUAACGACCAUAGAGAUACUGACAAUAUAUUUAAUCCUCGUUUGUCUAUAAUUUCACAUCUUAAUACGUCCCUCGGUGACUAUUUGUCAUAAGAAAUGAAUGAAAUGAGAAGAUAGAUAAUAUUAUAAAUUCUUUUAUCGAAUAUAAGAAAAUAAAUAUUUAGGCUAUUGAGAUUUCGCAUUCUUCACAAAGAAUAAAUCUACGCGAUGGGCAUACAGCUCUUUCGUCCUUGUCACAGUGUGCACUAUGCACAUUUCCAUUCUGGUUUUUCUUUUCCAAAAAUAUGACAAUGACUUUUCAUAGAAAUCGUAUGUCUCUAAUGACCAUUAUAAGAUGCCAUUUGGGUCGAUAUACCUUGGACAUAUAUUGUGCAUAAUUUACAGAGCAUUAUAAUCGCGAGGAACAUUUGUGCGUGAUGCUAUGUAUGGUUGCACCAAAGAAUGUACAAUUUUAACUAGAAAAAGGUAUGAUUGAAGGUAUGAGAAAAAGGUGACUAUGCUAUUGAGGAUAAAUGGGCGUAGUUCUAUUAAAAUAUAUGUAAAUAAUAUAAAUUUGUCUAUGUCGGUCUGAAAUACGAUCGUAUACAUAGGCUGGACAUUCCAGGGGAGUAAGGAUUACGGUUAGGAUUAGGUUUAGGUUUAGGUUCAGGUUUAGGGUUAAGUUUAGGUUUAGGUUUAAGUUUAGGUUUAGGUUUAGGUUUAGGUUUAGGUUUAGGUUUAGGUUUAGGAUUAGGAUUAGGGUUAGGGUUCGGAUUAGGGUUAGGUUUAGGUUUUAACAAGACUCUUGACAAAGCUAUCUCGGGACUUGUGCUUUACAAGUCACUUUUACAAAUGGACAGUAGAGAACGCUGUGGAAUGUUUCACCCGUGUUUCAUCCUUCGGUGAAAGUGUUAAACAUAAAGAGAAUAAACUAAAUUGAGAUUAUUCAAUGUAAAGUAAACUGAAUACAAUUACAAUAUAAAGUGGCUAAAACGAACUACUUUUCAUAGUUUUUCACCAAUUAUUUACGUAUUUUGUAGAGAAAAAUGUUGUUUAAAUAAAUAUCAAUUAUGAGCCAUUAUUAAA